AGAAAGAAACCAGGUUAGGAAUCCAUAAUAUCUUAGUUUUAAUAUCUGGGAUCCUAAAUUUUCUUAUUAAAAAGAGAAAAGAAAAAAUAGUUGUUGAAAUUCUGUUCUGUGAAGGAUUAGAUGACAGGUUGUUGAUAUUUGUGAUGCAAAACAAUGUCUUUAUGAUUGCCAGUAAUGUCCUUGGAUUGAGCUGUCUUCAAAGAAACUUGGCCUAUAAUAAGAGUGCUCCACACUGUAAGCUGCUUUUUUCUUGUUUUCCACUGUUUGAUUUUUUUUCAAUCAUUUGGUGUACUGCAAUAUUUCCUUUCUUAGCUGAUUCAUUCGAUACUGAUCAAUCUUCCUUUCCCUCUGGAUAUCUUAGAAAUGUUGUGAUCAGUGUUAGCAUGCCAUCUGACAUCGAAGAAUAUAAAAAGUUUACAGACAAUGGAUUUGGUUUUCAACAACUUAACUGUCAAAUCCCAAGUGCUUUGUUCAGAAUUGAUACUCUUGUUUCUUGGAAACAGUGGCCUAUCAGGAACCAUUCCUCAGCAAAAGGCUGCAUAUCUUCAAAACAUGAAUCUAGCGGCCAGCAAUUUCAUUUUUGACAGCUCAAACAUCUGGUUGGUUAUAGCUCAUUUUUCAGUAUAUAACUAGAAAUAUAUAGUCUCAGCAAUGGGAUAUGCUGUGCUUUAACAAACAUAACUGGUAAUGUUCUCUGUGCCCUUCAGUAUUCUCCCCGGAUUGAAUUGUCUGCAGAGAAAUUUUCCCUGCAGUAAGAAUGCUCCGUGUUGUAAGCUUCUUUCUUUCAGCUGUAUAACUGUUUUAUAAAAUUUAGUAUAUUACCAAUUUACCUUUCUACUAUAUUGCUGUUGUUACUUUGUAAAUUGUUUGUUCAUUAAGCUCUAGUUUGGAUAACAGGGCCAAACUGAUAGCGUAGCAUACAUUUGCAAUAUGCAGAUUCAAGUUUUGCAAUCUAGUGUGGUGGUGAAGAAAUGAAAGUUGAUAGCAUAGUGUAUAAGGCUGAUAACAAUGAUAUUGUUGGAGCUUCUUCUAAUCUACUUGAUGCAGAAAAACUGGCAAUUAGUGAUGCCAAUUUGUUUUCUGAUAGGAAAUCAACAGAUUCAACACACAUGUUCAAAAUGCUAGCUCACAAGUGACUAGCACUGCAGCCCCAAAGCUUUAUCAGUCUUCAAGGCAAUCCACUGAAUCACUUAGAUAUUAUGGACUUUGUCUAGAAAAUGGCCCUUACAAUGUAAGCUUGUCCUUUGUUGAGGCAACCUUCUUGGUAAUCAAGGCUCACAAACAUGGAAGAGUCUUGCAAGGCUUGUUUUUACUAUCUAUGUUCAGAGAACUCUCCAGUUAAUAAAAAUUUGGCAUAUCAAAAGAAGCAGGCGGAAAUAGGAGAGCACUUGACAAAGAAAUGUAAUGUUAAUGUAUCUGAGAACUAUUUUGAAAUCCAUCUUUCUGGUUGGUAAAGGGACUUUUUGCAUCUUAGUGUCAUUCCAAGUACAUUAUGUGAUUCCUUUGGACAUUAUAUGCUUUAAGAUGAGUUAAUGACAAAUGUACAUUAUAUGUUUUCUGAUAUACAUAUAACUGAAUUUUCCUA